AUGGGUCACUUCCGUAAUAAUUGUUCGAAGCUUGCAAACCCGAAUGCCAACGCAAAUGCAAAUCCCGCUCAUGGACGAGCAUACAACUUGAACGCUAACGAGGCUCGUGCUGACAACGAGGUUGUUAACGCGAUGCCUAGAACUAAACUGAGGAAACCCUUAUCUGUCGAAGGUGCUACAGCUACAGAAGUUCGCUCUUUUCUUGGUCUUGCUGGUUACUAUCGUCAAUUCAUUUCGAAUUUCUCGAAGAUCGCGGUUCCUCUCACUUCUUUGACUCAGAAGAAUAAGACUUUUGAGUGGGGACUUAAACAGGAAGAAGCUUUCCAAACGCUGAAACAAAAACUAUGUGAUGCUCCUGUCUUAUCUUUGCCCGAGGGAAAUGAUGAUUUCGUUGUCUAUUGUGACGCGUCGAAUCUAGGCCUUGGUUGUAUUCUCAUGCAAUGA